AGAUAUCCUUUCAUCUUUAUUGUUUGUCAUGCACAUGAUUCCACUUUAUAUUCUAACUCUUCAUCUCCUUUCCCACCUUACACCUCUCUUUCACUUUUUCACUUCAGAGUUGAAUGUGAAACUGUGCAAAACUGGCAAAAUAUGUGGAGGACCAAGCCAGUCUCCAAAUACUGUAACGCAAAUAUCUAUUUCUAUUGGUGACUGCUAAACAGGCUUCUCUCUUUGCUGGAGGCAAGAGUUUGUGUUGUUUGUUUGAAUUUUGUGCUCCACUUCUCCAGGCUUUAGUGUUGGUAGAUUCCACUAAGAGAGAAGUAGCAAGGAGAAAAGAAAAAAGAAGUUACCGUCAAAAUGAGUUCUAAGUAGGUGAAAGAGUGUUGAAGAGUACAAGAGAAAAGUGGAAGGAGCGGUAACCGGAUAUCUUCAAAAGACUAAAUCUUCAGUUGAGAGAUGUGAAUAGAUCUGAUUUUCUAGGUGAUCGGUAUACCCUUUCUCUUCACCAAUAAAUCACAACAGUGCUACCAAGUUUCCUUCUGGAGGGGGGAAAAGUUUUGACCAGAAAAUCCAAGGGGUUGGUGUGGACGAAGAAAUCCAGGAAGAGGGAAGUGAAUCUGCCCCAUCGAUGUAAGUGGAGGAAAGGAGGACUCAAAAUACUCAACGCAGUUGUGUCUCUGUUGCAUCUCUUCCUCCAGGGCUGUGAUUUAGAGUAGGUGAAGGAAUAGAGAGGGCGCAAGCAUUAUGUGAAGCAAACUAGAAAUGGCCCUGAAAAAGGCACAACAACGUGGAUAAUUCUGUGCUCCACCCACCUUUUGUUCCUUCCCUCCUCGGUGCAGCCUCACCCUUCCCAGGCUCCAUCUCUGUUUUGGACCACGAGCUCUGGAGGCCUCUUGUCUUACCCGGGUGCCCUCAGAGACCAACACCUGAAGAAGUGUAACUCGCGCAUUUCAACUCCUCUGAGGCUCGAGCAGUGAAGCUGGGCAUGCUCUGUAGCUGGAGCAGUCUUUGCAAAGAGGAAGCUCUUGCAAGAUACUGUGGCGCCGCGCCCGGAGCCAGGGCAGGGACAGGCAGUGGUGACAAUACAUACGCCAGAGCGCAUCACCCCCCCCCCCCCCCCAACAACGACCGUUUCUACUCCCCAGGAAUUCCUGCCGCUCCGGAGGUUAAGCAUUCAUUGUCAAAGAUUUAAUUCCGAAACUCAUCCCUUAAAUGCCAUCAGAAGCUAGGGAUGUUCCUCCCUGGUUACUUUCCUGGCUAUUUGUGUCUUCUUUGAAGCUGUAAGUGUUUCCAGCAGACACAGCGUGAGGAGCUAGGAGAUGGGGCAUCUAGCAAGUGACAGGGGGACUGUGUAGUUCACCUUCUUAAUGUAGGUGUUUGUCGCUGAAUUUGGGAGGUUUCUUGGCUGGCUUCCCCCUAAACAACGCUUGAGUAAUCGGAGCUGUAUGGUGGUGAUGCCCAGGAAUAAGGGAGUAUGUCUGCAAGAAUGUGAAUGUAAAUGUAUGGGGGGGGGGGGGCGGGUACGUCAACAUCGCUGACUCCCCUCGGUUUUGCCCAUCCCCUUCAGCAAAGACCGGCUGAAGUCGCAUAUCUUCUCAACCAUCACCAAGGCUCAGGGAAACCACCAGGUUAAGUCCAUUUGCUCUGGGAAAUUGGCGGCAUUUGGUAGUAAAGAAACAGAUCGAUUGCACUUGUGACUCCCUCCCUCCCCAGCCACCCCGUCGCUUCCCCACUCCCCCGCCUCCUGUCCUCCUUCCUUCUACCCCCACCCCACCUCCCCCCAACCAUCUCACAAAACGACAGUCCGGUGCGAGGUCCCCCUCAGGAAGGUGUGGGGAAUGGAUUUUGCUCCGGUGGGAAAAGCGUGUAUCUAGAAGUGGUGCUAAUGGGAAGAGAUUUCUGUGUUUCAAAAGAGGAUGAUUUGUCACAAAGAGAAGCUCGCUCAGUGGUCUGGGCUGUAACCGUGUAGAUCACUGGAGAACUCUUGCGUUCAGGGAGAGAACUGAUCCGAAGAUCGGUGUAAACAUGCCUGUUCGAAGAGGUCAUGUGGCACCACAAAAUACAUUUUUGGGGACCAUCAUACGGAAAUUUGAAGGGCAAAAUAAAAAAUUCAUCAUUGCAAAUGCCAGAGUGCAGAACUGUGCUAUCAUCUACUGCAAUGAUGGGUUCUGUGAAAUGACUGGGUUCUCCAGGCCAGAUGUCAUGCAGAAACCAUGCACCUGUGAUUUCCUUCAUGGGCCAGAGACCAAGAGGCAUGAUAUUGCCCAAAUUGCCCAAGCAUUACUUGGGUCAGAAGAAAGGAAAGUGGAGGUCACCUACUAUCAUAAAAAUGGGUCAACCUUCAUUUGUAAUACUCACAUAAUUCCAGUGAAAAACCAAGAGGGAGUGGCUAUGAUGUUCAUCAUCAAUUUCGAAUAUGUGACAGAUGAGGAGAAUGCUGCCUCCCCAGAAAGAUUCAACCCAAUAUUACCAACAAAACCUGUAAAUCGCAAACUUUUUGGGUUCAAGUUACCUGGUCUGAGGCUCCUAACAUACCGAAAGCAGUCCUUACCACAAGAAGACCCAGAUGUGGUGGUGAUUGACUCAUCUAAGCACAGUGAUGAUUCAGUGGCCAUGAAGCACUUUAAGUCCCCUACAAAAGAAAGUUGCAGCCCCUCUGAAGCAGAUGACACAAAAGCAUUGAUACAACCCAGCAAAUGUUCUCCCUUGGUUAACAUAUCAGGGCCACUUGACCAUUCCUCUCCCAAACGACAAUGGGACCGACUUUACCCUGACAUGCUGCAGUCAAGCUCCCAACUGACCCAUUCCAGAUCAAAGGAAAGUAUUUGUAGUAUACGAAGGGCAUCUUCAGUACAUGAUAUAGAAGGAUUCAGUGUCCAUCCCAAGAAUGUAUUUAGGGACCGACAUGCAAGUGAAGACAAUGGUCGCCAUGUCAAAGUUUCACGUUCCUGGAUGGCAGGGGGUCCUUUUAAUCAUAUCAAGUCAAGUCUACUUGGAUCCACAUCUGAUUCAAAUCUCAACAAAUACAGCACCAUCAACAAGAUUCCUCAGCUUACUCUGAAUUUUUCAGAUGUCAAAACUGAAAAAAAGAAUACAUCCCCUCCAUCUUCUGAGAAAACAAUUAUUGCCCCCAAGGUUAAAGAUCGAACACACAAUGUGACAGAGAAAGUUACCCAGGUUCUAUCCUUAGGAGCAGAUGUCUUGCCAGAAUAUAAACUACAGACUCCUCGGAUCAACAAGUUUACUAUAUUGCACUACAGCCCUUUCAAAGCUGUUUGGGACUGGCUUAUCCUGUUGCUGGUCAUCUACACUGCUAUAUUCACCCCUUAUUCUGCAGCCUUUCUCCUGAAUGACAGAGAAGAGCAAAAGAGAAGAGAGUGCGGCUAUUCGUGCAGCCCCCUCAACGUGGUAGAUUUGAUUGUGGAUAUUAUGUUCAUCAUAGAUAUUCUGAUAAACUUUCGAACAACCUAUGUAAACCAGAAUGAAGAAGUGGUAAGUGAUCCAGCCAAAAUUGCAAUUCACUACUUCAAAGGCUGGUUCCUGAUUGAUAUGGUCGCUGCAAUACCUUUUGACUUGCUGAUUUUUGGAUCUGGCUCUGAUGAGACCACAACAUUAAUUGGCCUUUUGAAGACAGCUAGGCUUCUGCGAUUGGUGAGAGUGGCAAGGAAAUUGGACCGAUAUUCUGAAUAUGGUGCUGCUGUUCUCAUGCUUCUCAUGUGCAUUUUUGCGCUAAUUGCACAUUGGCUGGCUUGCAUUUGGUAUGCCAUUGGCAAUGUAGAAAGGCCUUACCUGAUUGACAAAAUUGGAUGGUUGGAUACCUUAGGACAACAAAUUGGAAAACGUUACAAUCAAAGUGAUGCAAGCUCUGGACCAUCCAUUAAAGACAAAUACGUGACAGCACUUUACUUUACCUUCAGCAGUUUAACAAGUGUAGGAUUCGGGAAUGUGUCUCCUAACACCAAUUCGGAGAAAAUCUUUUCCAUUUGUGUCAUGUUGAUUGGCUCACUAAUGUAUGCAAGUAUUUUUGGGAAUGUAUCUGCAAUUAUCCAAAGACUGUACUCAGGAACCGCCAGGUACCACAUGCAGAUGUUGCGAGUAAAAGAAUUCAUUCGCUUUCACCAAAUUCCUAACCCUCUGCGGCAACGGCUUGAAGAAUAUUUCCAACAUGCUUGGACUUACACCAAUGGCAUUGACAUGAAUAUGGUCCUAAAGGGGUUUCCAGAAUGUCUACAAGCUGACAUUUGCCUUCAUCUCAACCAGACUUUACUUCAGAACUGCAAAGCUUUUCGGGGGGCCAGUAAAGGUUGCCUCCGAGCUUUAGCUAUGAAGUUUAAGACAACACACGCACCUCCAGGAGACACCCUCGUUCACUGUGGGGAUGUCCUCACUGCGCUUUACUUCUUAUCCAGAGGCUCCAUUGAAAUCCUCAAAGAUGACAUUGUCGUGGCCAUUCUGGGGAAAAAUGACAUAUUUGGAGAAAUGGUUCAUCUUUAUGCCAAACCUGGAAAAUCGAAUGCAGAUGUAAGAGCUUUAACAUACUGUGACUUGCAUAAGAUCCAGCGAGAAGACUUGUUAGAGGUUUUGGAUAUGUAUCCCGAAUUUUCUGAUCACUUUCUGACAAAUCUAGAAUUGACUUUUAAUCUAAGGCAUGAAAGUGCAAAGGCUGAUCUCAUAAUAAGAUCACAGUCUGCAAAUGAUUCUGAUGGAGAGAACUGUAAACUUCGGAGAAGGAAAUUGUCUUUUGAAAGUGAAAUAGAGAAAGAUUUUCGCAAGGGGACUAGUACACAUGGUCCUGGAGACUCUGUAGAUACCACAAGACGGUAUCAAUGUUCCAAGAAACAUUUUGAAGAGAAGAAAAGUGGAUCAUCAUCAUUUAUCUCAUCCAUUGAUGAUGAACAAAAGCCUCUCUUCUCCAGAAUAGUGGACUAUGGUUCAGGAACAGAGAAAAGAACUAGCUUGAAUUUUGAAGAACAAACUAUGACCACGUCAGAAAGACUCCAUCUUGAUAAGAGAAGUCAUUCUUACAAAGAUAUCACUGAUGCAAGAAAUUGGGAACAAGAAGAUUCCAAGGGGCCCCAAGAGGUGUCUAGUCCCUCAGCCUACCACCGAGUGACAUGGGGGAUUUGUGAAACUGAAAGUGAUCUCACAUAUGGAGAAGUGGAACAUCGGUUAGAUUUGCUCCAAGAACAACUUAACAGACUUGAAUCUCAAAUGACAGCUGAUAUUCAAACUAUUCUGCAGUUACUACAGAGGCAAACUCCAGUAGUCCCACCUGCAUAUAGUUUGGUAACAACAGGAGCAGAAUAUCAAAGACCAACUCUCAAAGUGAUGAAAACGCAUCAACCUGUAGCAUCUAUUAAAACUGACAGAAGCUUCAGUCCUUCCUCACAGUGUCCUGAAUUCCUAGACCUUGAAAAAUCUAAACUUAAAUCCAAAGAAUCGCUCUCCAGUGGGGUGCACCUGAACACAGCCUCAGAAGACAACUUAACUUCACUUUUAGAACAAGAACCUGAUCACUCUUUAGAGCUCCAUCCACAGCACAGUAAAACUUACCUUCAUCCCAUUAGGCAUCAUCCUUCUUUACCAGAUUCUUCCCUAAGCACUAUAGGAAUCUUGGGUCUUCAUAGGCAUGUUUCUGAUCCUGGUCUUCCUGGGAAAUAAUCAUUAUUAUUAUUUUUUUUUACUAUUUACUUCAUAUAAAAUGUAAGUGCUUUUAAUGGCUGUUUUCCUUCUUUUGUAUUUAAAUCCUCUAUACUUGACUCAGGGGCUAACAAGUUAUCAUUAUAUGCAAAAGUACUGUAUAUUUUCCUAAAUUAAAGCUUGUAAGGUAAAGUUGAGCAGUUAGAUGUAAAUAUAUCUAAGAACUAUGUUCCAAAUGUUAAAACUGCCAGCAUCUCAAGGCACCUUAUAUUUUUAUUCUAUUUUUAUUUUUUAACACCUGCAUGUUAGGAAAUUCCAAUUCAUGUUGCAUGGAAAAUAUCAUUUGCUGAUUUCACUAAGCCGGUAUUUUGUUGUAAAAUGCCUUCCAAGUAAAUAAGAGGCCAGAGGAUGACCUGGUUUAUGGACAUGACUCAGAAUUUAUUAACUUAGCUCAUCUGAAGUUCAAAGAACAAAAAAAAUGUAAGUCCAUUUUGAAAAGCUAUAAUCAUCUUUCUGUAUGGAACAUUUAAUGGCACUUCUUCCAUUAAGGCAUUAGAAAAUAACUAACAGGAGGAAAUAACCUCUUCCUUGUAAGUGUAGGUGCUUUAAAAGAUUGAACUCCUUGACUUGAAGGACUAUCACCAAUUGUAUUUAAAAAUAUUAAUUCAGUGAUUUCCACUGGCAUAUUGCUUUGAAUACAAAAGGACAUAUAUCUUUAAUUUUUAUUUUCGUGACCCUCCUCAGAACUUACAAAACUUGGCUUGACAGAUUGAAUCACAGUUCUUUCUAGUUAUUCAACCUUAUGGUAGGCUGAACCACAUCUAUUUUCAUGUCAUUGCUCCUUUCAGAAACUUUGCCAUUUUAUUCUCAGCUCCUAACACUUCCAAAAUAUCCCACUUCCAUUAGAUGUGAGCCUUUCUGCAUUUUUUAUCUUUUGUAUCACAUAGGCUAAAGAAUAUGUACAUUAUUUAACUAAAACAUCACAGUAAAACCUCAGUUAAGUAGAAUGUUUACAGAAUGGGAAUUCUUAUUGAAUAUGCUGGUUAGAAAUAGACAAAAUUCAAUCCAGUUUGCAUCUAGGAUUUUUGGAGCAGAAAGUAGAUAUCAUCUAGUCAAAUCUAAUUUUUGCAGACUUGGUUUCAACCUGUUAAAUUCUUUCUAAAAUGUGUAAGUGCAUUUUCCUGCCUUAAGUUAAUAUACUGAAAGUAAUUUCAUUUUUCGUUAAUACUCUAGGAACUCACAAAACAUCAGAGUAAUUCUGAAUAUCAUUUGUCAUUGUAAAGAAUCAUAAAAGAUAACAGAUUAGACAAAAAUUUUACAGGGUAUAAUAACAUGUCCUGGAAGAUACAUUUUUUGAGUAUUGACACUCAGACAGCUUAUUUUCUUGAGUCUGUCCCAAAAAUAGAGCAGAAAAAUAUUCCAAUUCAGUAGAGAACUGAGUUCCACCUAACUGAAGUUUUCCUCCAUUUAAAACUGUACCCAACAUUAAUUGUUUGUUUGUUUGUUUUAAGGCUAGUGUACAUGUACCCUAAAGGGUGAGUUAUAAAAAAAAAAGUUAAGUGGUUCUUUUCAAUUUUCUUUAACAGUUUUUUAAACCCAUGUUUCCAUUCAUCAAAACGACAGAUUAAAAUAAUGCUGGUAUUCUGUGUACUAUAAAGUAGAUGUCUAUCCUUCUAGGAAACAUAUGUAAUGUUAUUUAUCUUUAUGUACAAAUCUAACUACAUGUAAAUCCGAAAGGAGAUUUCUAAAGCUGAAAAUAUCUUGUUUUAUUUCUUAAAUUUUUGAUUGAUUCACACAUUGUAAGUCUAGUGACUCUAUUCUGCUACCAAAACUACAACACAGUUGAGUUAUUAGAUAAUCUUCUCAAUUUUAGUUGGGCAGUGAAAAAUGAAUUUGCACAGUGAUUAUAUUUUCUCACUGCUUAAUUUGUGAAAAUAAGAGAAGCACAAAUGAUUAGGACUGAGUUAUACAAUGCUAAAAUUUCUUUUAAAAACUCACACCAGCUUUUCAUUGUUGUGUAAACAACCUUCACUACAGGCAUUUUAUUGUUACAACUUCAGCUAAAAUGACUUCACAAGGCAAAGGAAAUGUCUUCCCUGGUUUAGGGAGCCUUCGAUUAUAGUCACCAAAAAAUUGUUUUAUCUAGCAAUUUGUUAUACCUGGCAAAUUGUCACAUAAGGCAAUUUAAACAAUGUAGUUUGAUUCUGGAAGGCUCUAUUAUGUUUAUUGCAAAGACAAGCACAAAAACUGGCCUUCCACAAAGGUACCUAUUUUUCAAUAAAAUUUAAAAAAGGAAUGAGAUGAUUAUAAACUUGGCAAAAUAAUUUUACCAUAUUUAAAAUUUUAUUAUAAAAAUAACAUUUUCUACUUUAAUUCCUUUGAAUUAAAAUAGUAGCUUGCUAGUUUUUUAAUCUCAGAAUCUUGGAAUUAGAAGGGAACGUAAAGGCCCCUUAUGGCACCAUAUUAUAAAAAUAAGAGUAAGAAACAGAAUAUGACGAUUAAUCAGAUGAAAAACAAAGUAAUAUUGAUAACAUCUCUGACUACUUACCAAACUUAUCAAGCACUUAAUUGGGAACCUGAACCAGUCCAAGGAAAGUGAAAUGAGUAAAAUAUUGAGGUCUGAUUUUCUUAAAAUCAUGUUUUCAAUUUCCUUUUGGCUUAAAAAAAAAAAAAGCAUGGACAAAAAGGUGAAUCUAAUUGUUCUGUCCAAGAAAAGUCAGUCAGUAAUUCUCUUUUUAAGAAUUUUUGUCUAUACCUGGGUCCUUACAAGUCCUUUAGGCUUUCUUAUAACAUUAGAAAAGGUCCUUGCUGCCUGAUCAGGUUUCCAUCUAAAUACACCCCAAUUCUUUAGAUACCUUCUGCUGCUGCGAUCACCACACAGGCAGAUGGCCCACACAUUCUUAGACUUAACAUUUGGUCUUUCUAAGAUGGAUUGCCAUCUUACCUAUCCUUAACUCACCGCUCCUUGCUCUAGUAGCUGAGGGAAAUUUGUUAAUCCUAAUGUUUUAAAUUUUAAAAAAUAAUUAGAAGCUGAUCUACAGAGCUAACUUGCAUUAAAAACAAUUAUUUUAAUCGCAUUUAUCAGCAUAGAUAGACUAUUAUGCUCUGUGGAAGAAUGAAAGUGUGUGACCAAAUAUGAAUUGUUUAGGUUGCAAUUACUUAAGUACUGAUUGCAUCCAUUUGGCCAAUGAGGGUUCUUAAAUUUCAUGUCCAUGAUAAUCAAAGAAUCUCAACUACUUUUAAAAUAUCAUUUGCCAUUUUCCCAAUAAUAAAAAUAAUAAAAUGCCAUUAAAAUUCUAGUCAUACAUCUGUGGUUUACAAAAAAGACAAUAUAUCACAAGCAUGCAAAUGCGUGUGGCCUACAGUUGUAAGCUUGUUUUAGGGCCUUCCUGUAAAAACAAACUAAAAAACGGGAAAAUGGCAUAAUUGUCCAUAAUUUUAUCAGUCACAUUUGAUACAACUAGAUAUUUAAAGCCUAUCUCCAGAUAUUGUUCUAACUGAACAUGAAUCAGGAAUAUGUGACACUAUCGCUAUUCUGUAGUUUCAUAGUACCCUAUAUCUAUUCUAUUAGGUGUGUGGUGUGAAUUUUAAAUCCAUGGUGACCAAUAAUUAAUGUAAUUUAGGUCACAAUGCUAAAAUUAUCCUUUACAGUGGUUUUUAGUUAAAUUAUUAACAGCCGAUGAUUGGAUUCACAAGUUUGAAGACAAUUUCCACAUCAAGGUAAAACUAUGAGAUAAAAUUUCUUUUUGCACAUCUUAGGUGCAGUAACUUCAAUGAUUUCAUCAUCUUUUCUGUACUUGAUUUUAAUGGCCCAUGGGAAAAUUAUCCCCCAAAACUUGUCUGAGUGCAUUACUUGUAAAAGCCAACUGAAUGGCAGAGCAAUGACAGGAUGAAUUCUGGAGAUUUCUAAUAGUCUGACCUCAAAUAAUAUCUAUUAGCAUAGAAUGUUGUUGGUGAAAUGGAACUUCAAAAUCAUCGAGUUCAACUCAGAUUUAUAAAUAGGGAAAAUGAGGCCUAGAUAUAUAGUCAUAUAUAUUACUCAAAGUUGCACAGCUGGUCAAAUAAUGGAGCCUAAAACCCAGGUUUCCCAAUUCCUAGGAGUGCCCUUUCCAGUAAUCCAUGCUGCCUUUUUGGCCCCCAACAAAUGCAAAAACCAAAUGCUCAGGGGUAAAAAUAAAAAAUAAAAGCACUUUUCAGGUUGACACUCUCUCCUCUCAGUCACUACAAUUUCUAACCCAUGGCUACAGAAUACUACCUUAAGACAACAGCAAUCAAAAUGGUACACUAAUAUUUAAACUUAAUUCAAGCUUCCCCCAUUUAAAUAUCUCCAUAGCUUUUCCCUUAAAUUGCACUAAAUUUAAAUGAAGAGUUGUGCUAAUCCUUUAGUUCUUUUAAAAGAUGUCUCUUGUAUUUCAAUACUUGAGACAUAAAUGGCAGAUCAAUGUGUACAUGCUUAGAACAAAGAAGUUGGCUAUGUUUCUACCCAGUACAAAUGUCUAUUGUAUAAUACAAAGGCAAUAUAGAAAAAUAUAUAUUUUCAAAAAUAUAAACUGGGCAACUAUUUGCAUUACAAAUUGUUAAUGUUAGGGGCACUUUUUAAAGAGGAAACUCCUUUAAAGAUAAAUGUGCUCACUUACAUUGUCUGAUAAGAGAAUUGGUGGGAAGUAGAAGAGCAAAGAAAAGUGCUACCAAACUGCCAGCUGAAGAUCAAGCAGCACUGAAAAUCUUAUGAAAAAUAAAUCCACAGAAUGAUACACUUUGAUUUACAGGCUACUCUUCAGGAUAACAUGAUUAUAUACAGCAUGUCAUGUCCAUUUAAACUUUAAUAACAGUGGCCUCUUUAAAAAGUCAAACUUUUAACUGAGCAUAUUAAGUUACUAUAGAAAUAACACCUCUGAAAUCUUUUUUGGUUUGCACACAACCAAGGGAAACAAGCUUCGUAGCACUGUUUGAGAUGCUAAACACAACCAAAAUCAGGAAAAAAUCAGCAUUCUCUAGGUGAAUCCUAAGGUUGUAAACCUGUGAAUCUCAUUCUUUUAUUUACCUUGGGUUAGCCUAUAACAUUUAGUAAACUUGUUUUAAUGUAUUUCUGCAUAUGUUUAAACCUGUUUCCUUACAGCUCUAUAUAAUGAUCUUAGCAGCCAGGUAUAUUUGUAUACAGGUGAAAUGAAUGCUGUGGCUGUCAUUUCUGUUCACUUUUUACUUCUAAAAUCCUUUAAUGAGUCUUGUGUGUUGGUUGAUAAACAUCAUUAUAAAAAUGAAGUUUUUAUUUUGUAGUAAACACAUCCUCCUUGUGUGCAUUGUUAACAAAAGAUACUAUUAUUACUAUUUACUAUCUCAGAAUUUCCAAUUUCUCUUUUUAACCAGAGUAGCUUCUCUGUGUGUCAUCAUGAAACAAUUAUGUCAUAUUAUAUCAUCCCUUUAGAUUUAAGGAAACUAAUUUUUCUCUUUAAAAAAAGUUCAAGCAAGUCCUUAAGAAAAACAUUUCAAGAACCUCUAGUUAUAACCAGGUAAAUCCCUUUGAUUUUAAUGGGAGGCAUAGUAUCAAAUGUAUAUUUGGGUCUAAUAUAUGAAAUAUUAGAAUUUUCAUUGGAGAAGAAAGAUGUUAGAAUGUUUACUAAUGCUGAGAGAACACAUUUCAAAAUACUAUAACCAAUGAAAAGUAUGUUUUGAAAGGAAUGCAUUUUAAUCACUUAAGGUUUCAACCAUACAAGACUAAGGAAAAAAUCUCAUUCAUUGUACUUUUGUUGAAGUAGUCAAUAUCCUGAAAUGUUUCAGACAUAAAGAAACAGCUUACCAAAACAUACUAUACUCUUCCCUAUGUCUUUACUCAUACUAUGUAGCAUGAAAUCACAAAGGUGACUUUGAAAUAACUGUACAGAAAUAUUUAUUUUUUAGCAAAUGUUUUCUUCAAAGAGUAUGUGAUAUGAACAGCAUAAACCACUUGCACAAAGUUUUGCAAUAACCCUCUGAAAAUAACUGUAAAUAUUUAAAAAAUGUAAAUUGCAUUGUAAAAAUUAUUACAAAUUUUUGGUAGCUAAAAAAAGCAUACAGGGAGUUGAACUGUUGUAAAAAUUGUACUGAUAAUAUAAUGUACAUACAGAUUCAAGAAUGAGGAAAAAAAUUUAUGGACUCUGAAUGAGAAAACUGAACAAUUUCAAACCCAUAAAUGAAGAUUGUUUAGAGGCAUCAAAGGUGGUUGUCUGGUUUUACACACUUGAGAGAAACUUUUUGUGGGGCUAAAUCUCUCUCCAACAUUUGAUUAGGUACAGUACCAGAUAUAGGCUUGAUGGUGCCAAUUUAUUUCAAGAAAUAAUUUAAUUAAAAAACAGUGCUGCAUUUCACUGAUUAGUGAGAUUAGUGAGUGGAUAUAUGGCAAAAACUAUGAAGUUUAAAAAUUAAGGAACUGUGGUUGUUGUUUUUUUAAGUGUCUAUUGUGAGCCAACAGGGACUCACUAAAAUAGCAAUUUACUUUUGCAAAUUAUUUGUCCUGUUAUGCAAGAUUUAUAAUCUUUAAACAUACAACUUAAUUUUAAACUGGAAAUUUUACAUAAUGCACUAUGUAUUCUUUUCCUUUCUCCUAGUCUGGAAAAUGAAAAAUACCUUUUUUUUUUUUACCAAUUACCAAAAUUUCUAUGCAUUUUUAGUCCUUUCUUUAAAAAAAGUUGUAUUUGCAAAGAAUUUUCUAAUCUAGUACAUAAAAUCUAAUAGUAAAAUAGUUGGUCCCUCUAUUGACAAUGUGGAACUUUCAAAUACAAAGUGAAGUUAAGAAAUGUUAGUAAAUUUGGCUUGAUAACUCUAACUUUCUUUGCCAAAAAACCUAAACCGACACAAGGAAACAUUCUUGCUUUAAAUAAAUGCUGAAACAAAAGCAAAUAAAGUAGCAUGCAUUGAGCAAAUGUCAGCAAUGAGCACUCUGACCAAUUAGUAGGUUGCAGAGUGCAAAGAAGCAGAGAGCCAAAUUUUAAAACUGCUGUCUUCGUUAUAAGGUUAUAAUUUUGGAAUGCCAGAUAUGGGAAAAAUUUAGACCAAUGUUCAAGGGAGAAUGCCAGCUUAGAGUCAAUCAAAAAUUAGACCGUGACAUACAAAGAAAAUGGGUUUCCAAUCUGUAUGAUUCUGGGGCAUGUUUACUUGCACUGUUUAGUUACUCCUUUGAAAUUACAGUAACCGUAGCAAUGUAUAUUUUUAUAGUUAAGUAGUACUAUCUAAUUAAACUUCAUCUGCUUGUAAAGGCAUAUGGCUAGUUUUAUUUGUAUUCAUAUAUUAUAGGGCUGACUUUAGCAACCCUGAAAAUGUUAGUGUAGCAUCAGGCCAUUUUGUCUGACACAAAUCUCAGAAAUAUGGCCGUGGAAAAUUAACUUCAUAACCUAAAAGGUUCCCAACUUGCCCAUGUUUAAUUGUAUUAGUGUAAAGUGGAAACCACAAGGAAAUGAGGUUCUAGCGCCACCCAAGUGGAUCACCUAACAAAUUCCUUACAAUAUGAAAAUGUUGCCAACUCCUAUAGAUAUGCUAAUUAAUUUCAUUAUAUCCAAAAUACCAUAAAAAGUCAAAUAGCUCUUUCAUUAUAUAUCAAUGAAAUAUAUUACCUUAUGUUCCCCAGAAAAACAAAAGGCAAAAGCUAGCAUAAAUGAUGGUUUAGAAGCACAGAGCAACAUACAAACAUACAUGGGGAGGAUGUGAGAUUUGGAGGAAGUUUCCAAAGCUAUUGCAGGUCACUAAAGCAAAUGAAUGAAUUUAGUGACAAGCAGCUCAGUAGCUAAAUAUACAGCAAUAUUAGCUUAUGGCUUUAGGACCACAAAAAGAGCAUCAUAACAUUAUCCAACUAUAAUUAUGUGUAAAGUCUUAACUAAAGUGCAGAAUGGCCCUGAAUAGUUCAAUGCUUUAAGAGGGGCUAUCUUUCAUUGGUCUGAUUCUAUACACACCCCCACUAUAUGAAACUUUAGGUUUAUAGUGCAUCUUUAUUUAAAAGAGCUAAAAUAGAUCUGAUAACAUGCCCUAUAUUAGAUACCAGCUUUAAAAAAUUAAAGCACACCUUUUGAUGUCUCAAGAAAAAUCAAUAAACCACCUGAGCUGCAAUUUCAAGUGAUAGGGGAGGUGGGUGGGUGGGAGAAGAUUUUACCACCCUUAUGAGUUUUCCUUCCCAUAUAUAAUUUCUUGAACUUUUUAAAAUAAAUAUUAAAUAUUCCUAUUAAUUUUCCAAGCACUGCUAAUUCUAUAAUAAAAUAAAAUUACAGAUGGUGAUUUUAAGAACUUUCUUUCAAAGACAAAAAUCUAGUUCUGACAAGUAUUUAUUCAAGGUUAGUUCAUCUGAAUGACAACAUACAAGAUUACAUUUCAUCUAGUUCAACCAGUAGAGAAAUAAUCACAAGAAUGAAUUUUUGUAUUUUUCAAAAAGAUGCACAAAAUAUAAAUCACAAUGAAUCUCAUACAUUUAUUUCAAGGGUAAAAUGCCUUUUAUAGAUACAAAUACAUGUGGAAAAUAUUCAUAAUUCAUGAAUGAGUUUUUUAUUUUGUGCUACUUUGCUUGCUGAAUGCAUGCUUAUGAAGUUUUUAAAAGAGCACAAUUCAAUUACUUGGCAGUAAGUUUAAGAUGACCAAAUCAAAACUCCAAAUUGACUCCAUAUUUCCUCAUCAAUAGAACUGAAAAUAUCUAUAUAGCACUUUACACAGAAUUGCAAUGCCUGACAUUUACAAUCUGGCAGUUUUUUAGACCUAGGUGAACUACUUCAUUGUUUUUAUGAACUGUAGCAUCUCAUAAUAUGUAUGUUAACAGAUUUUGUAUAAUGCAAAACUUUACAGAAAGCAAUUUGAAUGUUUAUUUCUAAAAAAAAUUCUCAAGAUGACUUGGAUCAUUGUUUACUAUACAAAUAAAAGCACUUGUACAUUGA